UCGAACCUUACGAUGCAGCUCAGUGCCCUUUUACUCUGCUUGUUGCUUCCCGUCUUGCAAAUACUAGCUCUGCCUCUAAAUGGUGCUGACUUUUCCUCACUUUCUCUUCUGGAGUCCCAAGGAAUAAUUUACAAGGACAACGGCGUCGUGAAACCUUUUGAGCAGAUCCUGGCGAGCCAUGGAUUCGAGUUGGCUCGUAUACGUGUAUGGACCGCCGGGACUUAUACGCAGAGUUACGCCCUUGCACUUGCCAAGCGCGCCAAAGCAGCAGGCAUGAAGAUUCUCAUCGACCUGCACUACAGUGAUACUUGGGCCGAUCCUGGUCACCAAGCAAUUCCUUCUAGCUGGCCUACGGAUCUGAACGGACUCAAUACCCAGAUUUACACGUACACGCUCGAUCUUGUCGAAGCGUUCAGUAAUCAAGGCACACCUAUCGACUAUAUCCAGAUCGGCAAUGAAAUUAACAACGGUCUCCUUUGGCCCACAGGCGAAAUUAGCACAGCUGGGUAUCUCCCCGCGUCUGAACUUCUGCACUCUGCCGCCUCUGGUGUGCGAACGGGAUCACCUUCGACGAAGAUCGUCGUCCACAUCGCGAACGGCUGGGACUCGGGAAGCGUUGAUGAUUUCUGGGACGGCAUCAUCGCCCCUGGAGCGUUCUCGACGUCUGACGUCGAUAUCAUGGGCUUCUCGUUCUAUCCCUUCUACGGUACCGGCGCCACUCUGAGUGCCCUUCAGUCCAGUCUUAACGGCGUGAUCUCGAAGUUUAACAAGGAUGUUCUCGUUGCUGAGACGGACUGGCCAGUAGCAUGUCCGUCGUCAGUCGCGCUAUCAGAACCUAGCAUCCCGGAGUCGGUGGCUGGACAACAGAUCUGGGUCAAGGAUAUCGAGAGCGUGCUAAGCGGCCUUUCUGGAGGACAUGGUCUGGGCGUAGUGUAUUGGGAACCUGGCUGGGUUGGAAGUGCCGCGCUCGGCAGUUCGUGCUCUGACAAUCUGCUUGUCGACAGCAGUGGAAAUACACGUCAGUCGAUCAAUCUCUUUUGAGACAUGGCCUAGCAGAUAGUCCGGUAGCAUAUGGAGUACCAGCCGUGUCUUUGUACUCGUUCAAUUCGGUUCGGGACACCAAAAAGCAUCACUACCGUUUUGCUUGCAGA